GCGUCAAACAUGAACGGAGCCUUUGGGCAGCUCUAGCCAUGGAGGUCACUGUGAGCCUCCUGUCAGGCCGCGAGUUGGUGUUCCAGAAGGCCUCGGAGCUGCCGCUCUGUGAGCUGCGCCGGCGCCUGGCGCAGCGGUUGCAGCGCCCCAGCUUCGCGCUGCGGCUGCUGCAGGAUAGCGAGACGUUGCCUCUGGAGAAGACUUGGGAGGAGCUGGGCAAGCCGUGCAUCACUGCGCUGCAGACGCCUUGGUCCUGUGUUGACACCUUGGAGCGGAAUCUCCUGGAAGCAGUGCGGUCUACUCGCGCAAAGGCCGUGGAGGCGGUGCUGGCCGCAGGUCAGCGCCCGGACUGCGACGGGCCCCGGGGCGACACGCCGCUGAGCAUCGCCGCACGACGUGGCAUGCUAGACGUGGUGGACCUCUUGCUGGAGGCGGGUGCAGAUGUGAACCGGGACCGCUCGAGGGGCUCGCCAUUGAUGGAGGCGGCCGGCGAAGGGCACUUGGAGGUAGUGCAGAAGUUGCUGGAGGUGCGUGCCUCCGUGAACUACGGUGCCAUGCGCUCCACUGUAGCUAUGACGGAGGAUGUGCUCAAUUUCUGGCAGUGUGAGACUGCCCUUCACCGGGCUGCACGCAGUGGACACCAGGCAGUUCUUCAGCUUCUGGUGGAGAGCCGGGGAGACCCGACUUUGGAGAAUAGAUGCGGCGAGACCCCCCUCUUGUUGUUCCUGAAUGCGCGAGCGGAAGGACAAGAAUUGCAGAAAGAGCUGGGACAGGAGUCCGCUGCAGGCCAGUUGCGUGUCGAGCCGCUGCAGCUGGUGCAGACUUUGGUGGAUGCGAGUGCUGAGGUGAACUAUGUGGGCCCCAACUGUCGGACCGCGCUUCUCCUGGCAGCCAAAAUGGGCUUCGUGGAAGUGGCGCAGUACUUAGUGGAGAAGCGGGCAGACGUCCAGCAUCAGGACGCAGAUGGUUGUACCGCCCUAAUGCGCGCGGCGGCCGCGAAUCACACGAAGCUCCUGCAGCUGCUCUUGGAUUGCGAAGCGGAGGUGAACACCAUGUCCGAUGAGGGCACUGCGCUCACCCGGGCGGCGGGGGGCGCCUUAGAAGCUGCCGAGCUGUUGUUGGCCCACCGUGCUGAGGUGGACGCCAAGGGAGUAGACACGGACACGGCCCUCACCUUGGCGGUGCGCAGCGGACUGUUGCCUGUGGCACGCCUGCUGCUGCAACACGGGGCGCGGGUGAACAAGAAAGGAAGUCGCGCCACCACCGCCUUGAUCGAAGCUGCCAAGAAGGGCCUUCUGCCCAUGACGCAGCUUUUGGUGGAGGCAGAAGCAGAGCUCUUUCACAAGGACUGGUUCUUUGCCACAGCCUUGCUCUGGGCUGUUGAGGGCUGCCACGUGGACGUGGCGCGCUUCCUCUUGGCGUCCCGCGCCGACGUGCGGCAGCGGGACGCCAACGAACGCGACGCGCUCCACCGGGUGUGGUGCACCAAGGACCCGGAGAUGAUCGAACUGUUCCAGGCGGAGACGAAUUCCGAACCGGAGCCUUGAUGUUGCAUGAGGUGCGGAUUCUCGAGCGGAGCGACCUCAUGUGACCGUGGGCUUGGGGGAGUCUUUGGAGGAUCUGUGCCAGGCAAAGCAAAGUCCAC